CUGCUUGUGUUUCGCGAUCUGGCAGACCCCGCAAGGGGAGAGACUGUCGCGAUAGUCCACCCCGGUACCCGUGUCCUUCCGAAGGAUGUCCAGGCUCCGAGCAUUGAGAUGUCCAAGCCUCCUGUGCCAGGUGUCCGCGCUCACUAGCGUAAAGCAGACGGCGUUCGCCGUGUGGGUCUGUGACUGCUUCUGGUGGGGCACGAGGGAUUUCGUGCCAGAUGGCUGGACGUUCUGCUCGAACGUGAUGUCGAGGGUGCACAUGCCUUGGUCUCGCGGAUCUUGUGUGAGUGGAAUCACCUUGCCUUGGAUAGUGAGGUGCGGAGUGCUCUCUUCGACGACGCAGCGCAACCCCUUUUUCAGGAGGGAGGUGGGCAAAAAAAUGUUGCGACAGAGUCCCGGAACGUUGAGUCCCUGAAUCCGCACGCGCAAUUGCUGUCCUCGAUUGUCCUUGACGGUGCAGUGUAGGAUGCCCGUGGCCGUGCCUUGGAGUUGGCUUUCUUCGGCCACGUCCACGAUCUUUGGAGAGUUUCGCUGGGUGUAAUCGUGGAGGUUUCCGUCGGGGAUGAGGCGAUUGUCAAACAUGGUCUCCGAUGUUCCCGUGUCUACCAGCAGGCCUACCCCGGUGGAGCUCGCGGCGAAGUUGCGCCCUGAGAUGCGGGAACAGGUGCCGAACAUGAAGCCGCUGUCAAAGGCGUCCUCGUCCCGGGUGAAGUCGACAACUGCCACUUCAUUGUUUGAGUCGUGCUUGUUGGACGCCGACGAGCAGUGAGUGCAGUUGGAGCACGCGGUGAAUGCUUUACUUGAGUCCUUGGUGUCUUCCGGGCGCUUUCCUCCUUGCUGGUAGCAUUCCUCGUCCGAGUGAGACGUGGUGUUGUGCUUCGAGCACCACUUGGUAGCUCCGGCGGGCUUCGUUAUCUUCUUCGCCCUGUUCUUGAUCUUGGGGCAGUUCCUCCUGAUGUGCCCCGGCUCGUAGCAGCUGUGGAAGAUGAUGUCAGACGCGGUCGUUGUCAUGGCAAAUCCUCGACCAGCUAUGCGUCCCUUCCGUCCCUUGCGCGAUUGUUCGUCCAAGAAGAUGUUGCGCAUGGUGGAUUGCAUGUCCAGGACGUUGAAGGUUGGGUCUCUGAACACCAUCAGUUUGACGUCCUUGUAUUCGUCCGAGAAGCCCUGUACGCAGAUGUCCUUGAAGCAGCGGUCGGAGAUGGGUUCUCCCAUCUUAUCCAGGUGGGUGCGAAGUAGGUGCUUCUGGUUGAAGUAGUCGUCGGGAUUUUCAGCAGGGUUCAUGGGGUUGUUCUCCAGCUCCUCCAUCUUGGCCCUGAUGACCUCGUCCGUUACCCUGUCAUAGUUGUUGCAGAGCUCCUCGAAGGCAGCUUGUCCGUCGCCGCUGAUGCCAGUGUCGUCUUCGUGCUUCUGUAUCGACAAGGCGGCUGGAAGUUCCACUAGGAGGAAAAGAAUGGCGUAGAGAUCUUCGUUUGCCCUUGUGUAAGAGUCGAAGGCCGCUGUGUCUGCGGGAUCUGGCUUCCUUUGUUUCUUCAGCAGUGGCAGGAUGUCCUUCCUGGUCACACCUAACACCACGCAGAAUUUCUUCAUCCAUGUCUUGAACUCAGCUGGGUCCUUUCCGUCGAAUUUCUUGAGGCCUUUGAUCACGGUUGCCAGGUUCGUAGAACUAUCGCUGGCGAACGCGCUUCCACCUCCUGUGUUGCUCGUUGCAGUAUCCAUUGCUCGUUCCAGCUUUAUUUUCUUCGUCUUGAUAAAAGUACUUCCUGCUGUAGGAGUAAGUUUGCUCGUGGUACUACUGCCUGUA